CUCUGUUGUAGAAACUUACAAUUGUGGCGUUGUUGAGAAGAGGUCAUCUUUUUUCUCUACAUCUUAUCCGGAAAUCAUCAUCAUCAUCCAUUACUCUAACUAAGAGGAGUUAUUGUCAAGUUAGUAACGAGAUGGCAGAGACCGAUAGUGGGAGGAGUUUUAAGAGGAGGGACCAGCUUCUUGAGAUGGAGCAUCAAGUACGUGAGUGGUGGGAAGAUGCUCAAGUAUUCAAUGCAGAAGCCAAUGACCAACGGCCUAAAGAGGGUGACAAGUUUUUUGGGACCUUUCCCUUUCCGUAUAUGAAUGGGUAUUUGCACUUGGGGCAUGCGUUUUCCCUAUCCAAGCUUGAAUUUGCUGCUGCCUAUCAUAGGCUUAGGGGUGCGAAUGUGCUCUUACCCUUUGGAUUUCAUUGUACCGGAAUGCCAAUCAAGGCCUCUGCGGAUAAACUUAGAAGGGAAAUAGAAAGAUUUGGGAAUCCACCAGUGUUCCCUUCAGUGGAGGUGGAGGAGAUUGUUAGUGAACCAGAACCUAAAGCUAAUGAAGGAGGCAACCCUGAGAAGUUUAAGGGGAAAAAAUCUAAGGCUGCAUCAAAAACUGGUAGGGAGACUUAUCAGUGGGAAAUAAUGCGGGGGUAUGGUUUAUCUGAUGCUGAGAUAGCCACAUUUCAAGAUCCUGUUCAGUGGCUUCGGUUUUUUCCUCCAUUGGCUGUAGAAGAUCUUAAGGCUUUUGGGUUGGGUGCUGACUGGAGGAGGUCGUUCAUUACUACAGAUGUAAACCCGUUUUUUGAUAAGUUUGUGAGGUGGCAGAUGAGGAAGUUGAAAAGACAUGGGAAGAUUGUUAAGGACUUGAGAUACACAAUCUACUCACCCUUGGAUGGGCAGCCUUGUGCUGAUCAUGAUCGGGCAUCAGGAGAAGGUGUAAUCCCUCAGGAGUAUACACUCAUUAAAAUGGAGGUAGUCCCACCAUUCCCUGCUAAAUUUGCACAUUUGGAAGGAAAGAAGGUCUAUCUUGCUGCUGCAACCUUACGACCAGAGACCAUGUAUGGUCAAACCAAUUCUUGGGUCUUGCCAGAUGGGAAGUAUGGAGCUUUUGAAAUCAACGAAGAUGAGGUCUUCAUUUUGACUGAGCGAGCGGCUCGCAAUUUGGCAUAUCAACGUCAGUCACGAGUACAUGAGAAGCCUACAUGUCUCGUAGAGUUGAUUGGUCAAGAUCUUAUAGGGUUACCCCUUCGGUCACCGUUGUCAUUCAAUGAAAUCAUAUACUGCCUUCCAAUGCUCUCGGUGCUUACUGAUAAGGGUACUGGAAUAGUGACCAGCGUGCCCAGUGAUUCCCCUGAUGAUUUCAUGGCGUUGCAGGAUUUGAAAUCAAAAGCUCCUUUCAGGGCUAAGUUUGGUAUAAAAGAUGAGUGGGUAUUACCUUUUGAGGUCAUCCCAAUCAUUAGCCACCCUGAGUUUGGUGAUAAAUCUGCUGAAAAAAUAUGCGUUGACAUGAAAAUCAAGAGCCAAAAUGAGAGAGAAAAGCUCGAUGCUGCUAAAAAGGUUAUCUAUAAGGGUGGUUUUUAUGAAGGAACGAUGAUUGCUGGUGAAUAUGCCGGGAUGCGUGUUCAAGAUGCUAAAACGUUGAUCAGAAGCAAGCUUCUAGAACUUGGUGAAGCUGUUGUAUACAGUGAACCUGAGAAGAAAGUGAUGUCACGGUCAGGUGACGAGUGUGUUGUUGCCUUAACUGAUCAAUGGUAUCUCACCUAUGGUGAAGGUAGCUGGAGAGAAGCUGCAGAAGAGUGCUUAGCCAACAUGAAUUUAUACUCUGAUGAGACUCGCCAUGGUUUCGAGCAUACCCUGAGCUGGUUAAAUCAAUGGGCGUGCUCCAGAAGUUUUGGUUUGGGGACUCGUAUUCCAUGGGACGAGGAGUUUCUGGUGGAGUCACUAUCUGAUUCCACCAUCUACAUGGCUUACUAUACAGUGUGUCAUCUGUUACAGAAAGGAGAAUUAUUUGGUGCGGACACCUCUACUGUAAAACCUGAGCAGCUUAGUGAUGAUGUUUGGGACUAUUUAUUUCUUUCAGGCCCAGAACCUCAAUCUUCAAAUAUUCCUUCAUCACUUCUAAAGAAGAUGAGACAGGAGUUUGAGUAUUGGUAUCCUGUUGAUCUUCGUGUUUCUGGCAAGGAUCUCAUACAGAAUCACCUUACGUUCUGUAUCUAUAACCACACCGCGAUUUUUCCUAAGGAACAUUGGCCUCGUGGGUUCAGAUGCAAUGGUCACAUUAUGUUGAACUCAGAGAAAAUGUCAAAGUCAACCGGGAAUUUUAGGACCUUAAAACAAGCUAUUGAGGAAUUCUCAGCUGAUGCCACUAGAUUCUCUCUUGCUGAUGCUGGUGAUGGAAUGGAUGAUGCCAAUUUUGUAUUUGAAACAGCCAAUGCAGCGAUUUUGAGGCUUACAAAGGAGAGAGUGUGGAUGGAGGAAGUUCUUGCUGCUGAGUCAUCUUUAAGAGUGGGUCCGCCUUCUAUUUAUGCUGAUCGUGUCUUUGCUAAUGAAAUGAACUUUGCCAUAAAAAUGACCGAAAAGAACUACAGUGAUUACAUGUUCCGUGAAGCUCUGAAAACUGGGUUCUAUGAUCUACAAGCUGCUAGGGAUGAAUAUAGGCUUUCUUGUGGAUCAAGUGGCAUGAAUCGUGAUCUUUUGUGGCGGUUUAUGGAUGUUCAAACGCGGCUUAUUGCUCCUAUUUGCCCUCAUUAUUCUGAAUAUGUAUGGAAGAAACUUUUGAAAAAGGAAGGGUUUGUGAUUAAAGCUGGAUGGCCUGAAGCUGAAAACCCUGAUCUUACCCUUCAAAAGGCUAAUAGAUACUUGCAGGACUCUAUUACUAAUUUCAGGAAGCUUCUUUUGAAGCAGGCUUCUGGUGGGCCAAAGAAAGGUAGCAAUAAUAAAGCAUCCGUUCAGAGCAAACCAAAAGUUGGCCUGAUCUAUGUCAACGAACAAUAUGAAGGCUGGAAAAGAGAAUGCUUGAAUAUUUUACGCGACAAGUUUGAUAGCGAAAACCGUAGAUUUGCAUCUGAUCAGGAGAUACUACAAGCAUUGCAGCAAAGUGCAAUUGGCCAGAACGGUAAUUUCAAGCAAACACAGAAACAAUGUAUGCCUUUCUUGAGGUUUAAGAAGGAUGAGGUCAUGACACUUGGCGUUCAAGCAUUGGAUCUAAAGCUACCGUUUGGUGAGAUCGAAGUUCUUCAGGACAAUUUAGAGUUGAUAAGGAGACAGAUAGGCCUUGAUCAUGUGGAAAUAUUGUCUGCUGCUGAUCCGGAUGCUGUUCUCAAAGCUGGUCGGCAUGCUUCUUUGUUAAAGCAAGCUCCACCAUCACCAGGAUCUCCUACCUCCAUUUUCUUGACUGAGGAUGAUAUGGCUUGAAGAUUGAAUCUCUAGAAAGGGAAAGAGUAUUGCAACCUGCUGGCUGGCUGACUCAGGUAGGCAGCAAAGAUAGAUAGUGGAGACCUGCAGUUUAGAUGAAAAGACCCGAUAUUCCCAUCUUUUCAUAUUAUUGUUUUUUUUUUUUUUUUUUGGCUCUUUACAAACUAUUUGUACUGAUCAUGAGGUUAUCAGGAAACUAGAAAACUUUUUUUUUUUUGCUAAGUUGUGGGAUGGUGUGAUGUUUUUUUGUUUUAGCAAGUGAUUAGAAUACUGGAGAUUGUGAUAUGCAAAUGAACCUGGACCAUAUUAAUUCUUUAUGGACCAGCAGUUACGUUAGUGUCAUAUUAGCUACAUUUUUGCUCAAAAUAGCUCUACGUUUUAGCUUUAGUUAUA